AUGGUGGAAAAAUCCACUGUAUUAUUUGCUCGUUUAUACGUAGAGCUUUUUCAUGAGCUUCCCCCUCUUCCAUCAGAUGAGUCUGACGGCCAAACUACAACUUCCGAGAGACAGUUUCUGCGCAGAUGCCAAAUAGAGCUUGAAAGCUCAUCAUCCCCAAAAACAGAACAAUUCCCACUUGUUUAUGUUGAUAACUCAACUUAUGGGAGACUCAUCGAGACUGUAAGGGUCUUGGCUGAAGUUUUCAAGAAUCUCAAGAUCACUGAAGCAACACGGAAACGCAUUAUUCAGUUGCAUAUGAAUCACAUCUUGCCGCCGCCUGAGAUUAAAAGUUCUCUGUGUGUCUCUAAUAGGCAGCUUGAUUUACAGGCCGUGGAGUUGGAGAACAAUUACAAUGAAGAAGUCAAGCUUAGGAAAGAGGCAGAAGAUGCACUUGCUAGAAAAAAGGAAGAAGUGGAAAUGCUGGAACGGUCGCUUGAGUCCUACAAGAAGGAACAAGCUAAGCUGCAACUUGAAGCUCAAACCUUGGAGCACAAGCAUGACGCAGAGUUGCAGCUUAGGAGAGAAACAGAAAUAGUGGUAGCCGUAGAACGUGAUUAUAUGACUUGGAAGGAUGUUGAAACCUUGGAGGAAAAGCAUGAAGCAGAGCUGAAGCUUCGGAAAGAAGCAGAAAUUGCGCUGGACAAGGAGAGGAAAGGGUUGGAGGGGAUAAAGCAACUGCUUGAAACCUGUAUAAUAGAACAAGACAACCUGAAAUCACAGGUCGUAACUUGGAAAGACAUGUACGACCAAGAGUCAAGUGUUAGGAAAGAAACAAAGGAUGCUCUUUCUAAAGAAAAACAAGACCUGGAGACGGUCAAGGCACUACUUAAGGCGUCUAGAAAAGAAGCAGAUGCAAUGCGACAAGAGAGGGACGAUGCUCGCAAAACAGCGCAAGAGUUAGUGACCGAGCGUCAACCUCCAUCAUCAUUUCUCUGCCCUAUCACACAGGAUGUCAUGAAAGAUCCAAUCAUAGCUGCGGAUGGAUUCACAUACGAAGCAGAAGAUAUCAAGAAAUGGCUAAGCAUAGGCCACAAGACGUCGCCGAUGACAAAUCUCACACUUGCUCAUCUUAACCUGAUCCCUAACCGUGCUCUCCGGUCUGCGAUUGAGGAGUUGGUUUGA